AACGUGCUUAUGUGCGGCACAUGCUCAGGGACAUAUCUUGCCUUGAAAAAGAUUUGGACAUGAGGCUGGAUCUAUGCACCAGAAGACCUGUUACUACACUUACUGAUGAUGAACUGCAAGGCAUUAAGGAAUUGAUUGAUUCAGCUAUUUUAGAUAGAGAAGUUAAGGGUGGAUUGAGAUGGCCCUUGGGGAACGCAGUCUCUGGAGAUAAAAUUCGUGUGACUGCAGUCUGGCAUGUAAUAAGUAAAAAAUACAAAAAUCCAUCACUAAAGCUGAAAAUAAAAAAUGUUGAUCGGUAUAAAUUUUUAUCAUCAACUGAGGAACCUAGAAGGGAGGUUGUUAUAAUGCUAAAAGGAGUAGCUUCAGAAUUAAUGAAACAAAGGGCUGAUAUGAAUCUCAUUAGUGAGAUGUUGAAAGAUGACUUGAAGGCUAUAUGGAACAACUUUCUUUGAAAACAUGUAGAUGGCUUG